AUGGGCUUUUGCUUCUUCAACAACGUGGCGGUGGGCAUCCGGCAUGCGCUGGACGUGCACGGCCUGACGCGCGUGGCGCUGAUCGACUUCGACGUGCACCACGGCAACGGCAGCGAAGACAUCCUGGCCGGCGACGAGCGCGUGCUGAUGUGCAGCAUCUUCGAGACGGGGCUGUACCCGUUCAAUGGCCCGGAUGCCCGCACCCUGAAGGAUGCGCCGAACCUCGUGAACGUCGGCCUGCCGCCGCGCUCCGGCAGCGACGCCUUCCGCGCCGCCGUCACCGACCACUGGCUGCCCGCGCUCGACGCCUUCCGGCCGCAGCUGAUCUACGUCAGCGCCGGCUUCGACGCCCACCGCGAGGACGACAUGGGCAACCUCGGCCUGCUGGACGGCGACUACGAAUGGGUCACGCGCCGGCUGAUGGACGUGGCCGAGCGGCACUGCAAAGGCCGCAUGAUCUCGUGCCUGGAAGGCGGCUAUGUGCUCAACCCGCUGGCGCGCAGCGCCGCGGCCCACGUCAAGGUGCUGAUCGGCGCCGACUAG